AAAUGAACAAUCAAAGACCAACGAAUCUUCUAUUUAUAUAUAUACACACACUAAGAUCACCUACUCCACAAUAUGCGGUUGACCAUCCUUGAGAAACAAACUACACAAGGUUUAGAAACUCCGGGAACCGCCGGAGAUCUGAAGGGGGAGAAUCGGAGUCGUAGAAGAAGUUACAUGGCUUCACCGUCUUCUUCGUCGUCGUCUCCUAGACUGCGACCGAGGUGUACGUGUUCGAACCAACCGGGUUCGGCACCAUGUAGCAAGCAUGGUUACAUGGUGCCAAGGCAGAACACGAAGAGAUAUGGUGGUAACAAAGAGAUAAUAAGGAGGGCAAUAACACCAAAUCGGAAGAUGACACUUAGGUGGUGGAAUUUCAGGCCAACACCAAGCAGGCUUUCUAACAUGACUAUGGCUUAAGGUUCAGCUUCUUCUUCUUCUUCUUCUUCUUCUUCUUUUGAAUUUUUAUCAGUUUUCAAUGUUAUGAAUGUUCUGAUAAAUUGAAGAAUAUAGAGAGUAUAUGUAAAUGAUUUGAUUGGAUUUGUAUAUUUAUAGAAUUGAAAUUUCAGCAGUUUUGUUGGUA